AAAUCACCCACAAAAAUGUUCAUAUUUCCAGAAAAGCUGAGGCAGAUCAUUAAAAAAGAACGUGAAACUAGAGAAUCUGCUAAUCGAAAGAUCGAGGAAAGUCUACGGGCACGAGGUUGGACUGGGAUGGACAGAAAUUCAACUAAACCGGUUAAAACCGGAUUGUGCCAGUCAAAAAAAUCGUUCAAAAAAUCGAAGAACUCGACAUACAUGACACAAAACCAGCUGAGUGCUCUUGGUUUCCACAGAGCUGUUGUUCCAACCGACAUGCUGGAUCUUCUAUGGGACAGAACCAGUGACUUUAGCUGCACCAGCUCAGAUGAUGGCGAAGAGCAUGCCGCUGGUGACGCUAUUCCUCCAGCACCAUCUACAUCGGAACAAGCUAGACUUAUCUGUGAUGACGCAAUCGCACAUGGCCAUGCUUGUCAUCUGGUUGAUGGGGUCGUGACGUCAUCGAAUGACGUAUACCAAGCGUCAUCGAACAUUGUCCAACAGACCAUUGGUUUAAGCAAGGAAAUACUUCUUCCAAUGUUGCGAAGUUACGAAAAAAAGACAGGUUCUAAAAUAUCCGAUGCAGAUGUUCCCACCACAAUACGUGAUUUAUUCAACGGUGUGUUGGAACUGGACGAAGAUGAACUUCCUGAUCUCGUUAAUGUUGGUGGAACAGGGAAGACUGUGGUUAAACCAGGAAAGAAAGAUUCAAGCGUUCGGUUUGACUUUUCGAACACCGAGCUACCACUGGUUGGCGCACUAGGUCACCGACAACACCGACCCCCAACCCCUAAACGUAGAGUUCAAUUCAGUUCGUCGGAUGAUUCGAUAGAAGGCGUCGAUCUUGAUAUGUCAGAAUCUCAAAUGGUUCUUGAACAAACUAUCAAAGUUCUUGCCAGCAAAGUUGUUACACAAGUGUUCGAGGCUUCGAACUUACCAUUAGAUAAGAAUGACAUGGAGGAAAGGGUGGCCCACCUUGCUGGUUCGGUCGUCAACGAAAUAAUCGCCUUUGAAACAAGCUCUGACGAAAAAAGAUCGACAAGUCCUUCUCUCUCCGAGUGCUCCGGCAGCUCAAGCACGAUUUCUGUCUUCUCGGAGGCUUCCUUGAAUAAGAAGAUCAGUUGGCUUGCAAAAGAAAUGAUAAAGGAUGUUGUUUACGAAGAACCUAUGGGAACACCUUCCAACGAUCACUCUGACACCGACGGUUCAGUAAUGCACCGUGCAAGCACCGCCUCUGACCUUAGUGUACUGGCACUUCACGUUGUACGGUCGGCCCUUCGCGCGGUGAAUUCAGGUGUCGACUUUAGUUGUGUUAACGAAGGCGCACUGUACGAGCAGAUAGAACCGCUUAUAAACGACCUUUCGUCCAAACUAAUAGAACAGGUUAUGAACGAGAGGCAGCCGGGACGGACCCACUCUAUAAAGACAGAUAAACACCAUUUUGCUGAAUUAGAAAAUAAGAUUUCAAAGCUAGCUAUUAACAUUGUCAGUUCAGUGUUACAAGGAAAUACUACGUCAACUUCCACAAGCAUGACGUCACUCAGCAGUUUCACCAUGGAAACACGAGUGAAUGAAAUGACGUCUGGAAUUGUUGGUGCAAUUUUGAAUCUUAAAGCUCUUUUACCUUCAUCGUACAAACCAAAGUCUGAAACUAACCUCUGUAAAGACGUCAAGGAUAUGACAGUGGAAGAUUUUAUUCAGGAAAUAUUUAGCCUUAAAGCGCUCACUAACGCCCCCAGGCGGUUGUUUAGAAACCUUCAAGAGAGAGAUAUCCAACGCAUCAGUCAAAACCUUGCAAAAAAAAUCGUUCCCGAUCGAGAUGCGUCAUCUGCUUUCUCAUCUGGCAUCGAAGAUCUUGCUGCAGCAAUCACAGACAAUGCUGUGAAGAAAGUCAACCAAGAAGCGAGUCUGUGGUCCGAAGAAAGCUCGACGCCGACCAUUGAGAACGCUAUGAAGAAACUAGCUGACGCUAUGGUUAAAGAGACGCUCCAGGAGACUAGCAAAAUUUCCAGCGACGCAAGAUCAGCUGUGAGCUCCGGUUUGGAUGAUUUGGCGACUGAUGCCGCACUAACUGCCAUUCAAAGAGCGGAAAAUUUAUCUCAGGAAUCAGCAGUUAAUUCUGGUGCAAGCGAUCUUGCCGGCGAUGUUGUAAGCAACGCAAUGUUAAAGGCAGGUGAUUUGGGCAGUUCUACCGACUCUGCUAUGAGUAGUGGAGCAAGCAUUUUCGCCAUGGAUGCUUUAAAACAAUCACUGCAGAAGCUUUUAUUGGCAGACAGCUCAACACAGUCAGCAGUUAACUCAGGACUAAAGCAUGUGUCAGAAGAUCUUAUAGUAGAGAGUACAGCAUUGGAGGUAGCACUGGCAAACGCUGGUUCGUUAGGAAGUUCUUCUAGAUCAGCAUUCAGCUCAGGAAUGAGCUUACUUGCAGAAGAGAUUGCUAAGCUUACAAUAACAGAAGGAAGAUCUUUAGUUCAUGGCGAAGUAGAAAGCGUUGUUAGCUCGGCUGUCAGUCAAAUGGUGAUUGACACUUUGGCAGCAAGAGUAUUGGAAAGAAUAAUGGAAAAGGACUCAACUAAUUUACACGUGCCGGGUAAUUUGGAGAAACUGCAAAGUGAAAUCGUUAAAAUCGUUCGAAGCCUCGUCGACGCUAGGAAAAGUAUUUCUAAUACCACCAACACUGAGAGCCAAACCGCAAGUUCUGCGACAGCUGGACAGUCUGAUUUGGAAAAGCUGAUAACAGCCACAGAUCGGUCUACAAUUAGUUCAGCAGCAAGCGUGUUAGCCGCUGAUAUUGUUCGAAUGUUAAUGGGGGAAAAGGAUGAACAAACUGAAGAAACUCAACAAAGUUCAGAGACCGAAGUUUCUGGAAAGAAUGUAAAAACCAAGACGUCUGAUGGUAUAAGUAGAAAAAAACACAAGUCCAAAGAGAAGUUAGCUCGUAAAUCGGGUACAAAGUCGACUCAAGUACUUAACAAAGGCAUGACCAGCAGUCUUCCAAAAGCAACAAAAUGCAAAUCUUUUGCGUCUGAUACAAAACCCAAGGCAAUUUACAAAUCGUCGUUUUCAAAUUGGAGAAUGAAGGACGAUCUAAAAGGAGAAACUAAAAACGACCAACCAUUGAAAGUAGAUGGCAAUGUUAAAACACUGAACAGCAAAGAUCAGUCAUCAGAGUCAACUCCGGAGGAAUCGGCUCCUAAAUCUGAAAUCCAAGUUCUCUUAGAUGAAUUGGCAUCCAGGAUCGUAAAAUGUGCUCUCGAAUCAACUGUUCAGCAACCAGGCACAGAAACAAGUAGCAAUGUGAACGAAGCAAAAAGCAUGGAUAAGUUAGUGGAGUCCUUGGCGCUUGGAGUGGUCACUUCAUUGCUGGGUUUAGAUUCUCUACAAUCCUCCACACCCCCCAUAGCUUCACCAAUAAUUUCCACCACAGCAAGCAUAACUGACGAUACUGAAAAAGAAGAGAGCAAAGGCAGCACCACACUUCUUCCUUCAGCUGGACCAAAUUUAAUUCGAGAGGAUACGAUUUUAAAGCGUAGAGAAGUUAAACACGCUUUAAACGAUAAUCGUGUGAUUGAAUUAACCAAAAUUGAAGACGUUGAAGCAAAGAAAUGCGAAGAAGUGACAAAAAUGUUGCAAUCAACAAAAACAGAACCCAGACGUUCGAGACGCAACAUGAGUCCGUGUGAAGAUAAUGCUCAGAAUCACCCACAUAGGAUACCAAGUCCGGAAAAUACUUCGUGCAAUCCAAAGUCGUUAAGACGAAGAAAAACAUUCCGUUCACCACCCCAAUUUUCUCCGUAUGAAAAAUCUCCAGUGCCACCACGUAGCAAAUCAGGAUACAGGCAAAGAAGAGGUCGUCGAGGCAACGAUUUCAUGUUUUCGAUGGACAACAAGAAUUAGACGAAUACGCAGGAACAGAACAUUACCACACACUGUUUGUUCCGUUUAUCCUUUUUAAUAUUGACCCAUGAUUACAAUUUAAAAGUUCAAUAGGUAACUGGUCAAUCGAAAUCGAUCAUCGACGACCGAACCGAUGUGUAAAUAGGUUCGACGUAGGCGGUAAACAAACGUACAAAGAACGUGCCGAUGUCACGGAAAUCACGAUCCUAAAAUUCUUGAAGUAGCUGAUUUUUCGCUUUUUUACCUUUAGCUUAAAACUUGGCCAAACCAAAACAAUGUUACGUGUUUUGUGUCAGAGGUAUGUACCUGCUUGUACACGUAAAGCGACCACUGUUUUGUGAACCAGUGAUUACACGCACGCUAUUAGCCCAUUUCUCAUAAAUCUGUCGAUCGCGUUACAAAGCUAGGUCUUGUAAUGAGUCACGCAACCCACACGAUAAUUUUAAAUUUUUGUCUCAAACCUUUGAAGCGUUACGCUGUGAAAACUUUUCGGGCUGCAAACUU